CACUCCUGCUGAAUGCACGCGAUGUGAACGGCGUGGUUUCCUGUACCUUUCACGCCAUGUUCACAUGCUGCUCCUGUUCGGACGAGCAGCCGGUGGAGUUGGCGGAGGUACCAAAGGUCUCCUCCUAUGAGAAGGAGCCUUGCGAGGAGGGCGAAGAAGGUUUGCGCUGCACUUUUCUCCUGCCUGACUGCUCCACUAAAGAGGUGCUCUUCAAGGCCAAGCCAUUGGGCUUAGACUUCCGCCGCUCCACGCCGCUGACGGUGCGUGGUGUGCGCCCACCGCGCGGGCAACUGCCAGAGGUGCAGGUUGGCUGGAUCUUGACACAUCUUCAAGGUGAGGAGCUCUCGGUGGAUCUCAAGGCAGCCACACUCCAGCUCUUGCUCGCUGUGAAGAAGCUCCCCAUGCGGUGAACCUUUAGCUGUUGUUUGACUCUUAAUGAUA